CCGAAUUACCCGGCCACAUAAUAUUUAUCUCCGUCGAUCGGCUAAGAUGAGGAACUAUAUAGUUGUUAUCCCAUCGGAGGAUCAUCAUAACCAAGCCACACAUCACAGAGUCGCAGACUUCAACUAAAUCAGCACAAUGAGCCAUUCCGACCUGCUCCAACUUGUCAGCUCUCUGGCCAACUAUCCAGCACUGGAAACCGUUGACGAGCCCACGCGAAAGCAACUCCUCGAGAGCAUCGAGAAACUGCGACGCAAAGUCGAGACUCUGACCGACUUCACCAUUCGGACUGUCUUCGGGAGCCACCAAGCAAUGGUACUACGACUCGCCGUGGAUCUGGGACUUUUCGACGCCAUCGCCAAACAAGGAGGCACGGCCACCACAGCCCAGCUAGCUGAAUCCACCGGAGGCGACGAGCUCCUCGUUUCCCGCAUCAUGCGCUUCCUCGCCGCCAUCAACAUCUUCGAAGAACUCGGCCCAUCCACCUACAAAACCACACCUCUGGCUGCGGCAUACACCUCGCAAUCCCCUCUGUCCGCCAUUGUGAUUCACGCAACACACACCCUAGUAACCAUGUCCCAACUCCCGUCCUACUUCGCCGAAACCGCCUGGAAAAGCCCCGACGACGCCACGAACGGGCCCUUCCAGCACACGCACCGCACCACGCAGACCUUCUUCGAGCACCUCGGCGACCGCCCGCACCUCCAACAGGCCUUCAACGCAGUCAUGUCCCUGGACUUCCGGCGCAGCAGCUCGGCCAAACAAUGGUUCGAGCUGUACCCGGUCGAAUCGAAACUCUUCCCCGCCACCACCACCGAAAGUGACAACCGCGCAACGCUAGUCGACGUCGGCGGCUCCCAGGGCAAAGACCUCCUAGCCCUGAGCCAGCAUCUCUCCGCCACGCAAUCACCACCGACAUCCGACCCAACCCUGACGCAACCCCAACCAAAACUGAUCCUCCAGGACCUCCCCGCCGUCAUCGCCUCCAUCCCGCCAUCCACGGCCAAAGCCUACCCGGGGUGCAUCACCCUCCAACCGCACAAUUUCUUCGACGAGCAGCCCGUCCGCCACGCGCGGGCGUACUUCCUGCGCACGGUGCUGCAUGACUGGCCCGAUAGGCAGGCGCUGCAGAUCCUGGGGCGGCUGCGCGACGCGAUGGCCCAGGACUCGGUGCUGCUCGUCAAUGAGGGGGUGGUGCCCGAGACGCGCGCGGGGUUGAUGGCCGUACAGACGGAUUUCAUUAUGAUGUGUAACUACGGGGCGUUGGAGCGGACGAAGGCGCAGUGGGUGGAUUUGUUGGAGCGGGGUGGGCUUGAGGUCUGUGGGGUUUACGGGGAGGAGCAGCAGCAGCAGGGGGGGCAUGUGGUUUUUGAGGCGAGGUUGAGGCGGUCCUCUUCGUAA